GUUUCCUUCUCCCACUUCCAUUCUUCAGCGUUUCAAGACGGGUUGUUUGCCGAUUGACCGUUGCUUGUCGCUCCUUUUGAUCAGACAGUCGUUCCUUAACUAUCUAUCCAUCUACACUCUUUACAUUCAUUUGAAUAUAGUCCUUCUUUUCAUCAACCCCUCUUCAGUGCUUUCGCUUGCGAUUUCCGCCGCGAGAUUGACCUAGUCACUUUUCCCCUUAAUCGCGUGUUACUCGAAGUCCCGACGGCCAUAUUACGCCAUCAUGCUGUUCGCAAAGUCCGCCUUCCUGUUGUCCCUAUUCGCUCUCGGCAACAUCGCUGCUGCUGCGGAUUCCUCCGCCUGCCUUCUUUCAGCCCUAGGCCCCGAGAAACGCCCCGGUGACCUGAAGGCCGUCUGCGUCGACAGAGUGCGAAAGAAUAUCGAGGAUGCCUGUAGUGACGAUGAGAAGGAGGAUGCUCUGAAGCAAUUCGCCGACACUUGCUCUUCCGCGGGCCAUAAAGUUGUCAUCAACUCCUCGACUUCUUCCGCGGAUUCCUCUACCGGGACCUCGACCGGCGGCUCCAAGUCCACCCAGUCCGCGACGACUGGAACUGGGUUUGCUACUGCUUCUGCGACUAGCACCUCUAGCUCUGGCUCCGGCUCCGGCUCUGGAUCGAGCUCCAACGCCGAGUCUAGUCCCAGCUCGACUUCCGAAGAAACUCCUCUUCAGACCAACUCGGCUGGCUCGUCCGAUAAGCAUGUUUCUGCUGCUGCAUUUGCGGCCGUUGUUUUCGUCGGAUUCGCAGCCACGCUGUAACGACCACAGCCGCUUUUAUCUGAUCCAUUUAUCAUUCGAUAUCCCCACCAUUUAUGCUAUGCCACAGUCAUUUAAUCCGUAUCUCAUUUCUCCGUGAAUCGCCUAUUAGUUGAAACGCUUCUGCCCAAGAAGAGUAGGGUAAAUGUUUGCAAAGAGAAUUGGACCCGGAAAUGGUGUUCCAUGAGCGCCUGCUACAUAGUGGUACUUGGUUAUAGGCAUCAGUAGUACUAGAUGAUUCUGCGGCCCAACAUUCCGGCCAAAUGGGCCCAAAGAAUCCACUUUCCC